CAAUACUACACCAUGCUUAUAUCAAAAAGCUCAUUUGGUAGUUAGCAAUAAAAACACAGAAUUGAGAAAUAAUAUAUAGUGAGAAAGCUGCUAGCUAAAACAGGCAUGGAUAUAGAGAAGAAGGAGGAAAGCAAGGAAGAGCUAAAUGAUGAGCCAAAUUAUAGAGGAAUCAAGGCCAUGCCCUUUGUUAUAGGAAAUGAGACGUUUGAGAAGCUUGGGACAAUUGGGACUUCCUCCAACCUGCUGGUUUACCUGACCACAGUGUUCAAUAUGAAGUCUAUCACAGCAACAAACCUCAUAAAUAUAUUUAAUGGAACAUGCAACUUUGGUACUCUCCUCGGAGCUUUCCUCUGCGACACAUAUCUGGGUCGAUACAAGACUCUCGGAAUUGCUUCUGUCUCUUCUUUCUUGGGGAUGUUGGUAUUAACGCUAACAGCAGCGAUCUCAAAGCUGCACCCUCAUGACGACUGCGACGACUCAAGCGGCGGCGGCGGCGGCAGUUGCAAUAACAGCAGCCACGCUUCGCCGUGGCAAAUGGCGUUUCUUCUCUACGGGUUCGCGUUCUUGGUGGUGGGCGCUAGCGGCAUACGCCCCUGCAACUUGGCUUUCGGGGCCGACCAGUUCAAUCCCAGAACCGAAUCAGGGCGGAGAGGGAUCAACAGCUUCUUCAACUGGUACUAUUUCACCUUCACCUUCGCCAUGAUGGUGUCUUUGACGGUGAUCGUGUACGUGCAGUCCAGCGUGAGCUGGGCGAUUGGUUUGGGCAUUCCGGCGUUCCUCAUGCUCUUGUCCUGUGUCUUCUUCUUCAUCGGCACCAAAAUUUACGUCAAAGUUGUGCCCGAGGGAAGCCCCUUCACAAGCCUGCUGCAGGUAAUAGUUGCCGCCAUGAAGAAGAGAAAAGUGGCGUUGCCUCAACAGCCAUGGAGCGAGCUGUUCAAUCAUCUCCCCGCAAAGACGAUAAACUCCAAACUCCCUUACACCGAUCAAUUCAGGUUCCUGAAUAAAGCCGCCAUCAUAACCCCAGAGGACGAGGUGAAACCCGACGGAUCGGCCUGCGAUUCGUGGCGGCUUUGCAGCGUCCAGCAAGUGGAGGAGGUGAAAUGCGUGGUGAGAGUGUUCCCGAUCUGGGUUUCCGGCAUACUCUACUACAUCGUCCUGGCGCAGAUGAACACCUACGUGGUUUUCCAAGCACUCCAAAUGGACCGCACCCUCGCCGCCGCCGUUCCCAAUUUCAAGGUCCCGGCGGCGUCCUACAGCGUCUUCGCCAUGAUGAGCCUCACGGUUUGGAUCCCCGUCUACGACAGGAUCCUCGUACCCAUCCUCCGGAGACUCACGAAAACAGAAGCCGGCAUCACCCUCCUGCAGAGAAUCGGCGCCGGCUUGUUCCUCGGCGUUUUCACCAUGCUGGUGGCCGCCGCCGUGGAAACCCGGAGGCGGACUGUGGCCCUCACCCGUCCCACGCUGGGAAUCGAACCCAGAAAAGGUGCGAUUUCGUCUCUGUCGGGGAACUGGCUAAUACCUCAGCUGGUACUAGCGGGGUUGUCGGAGGCCUUCGCCGUCAUCGGCCAAAUCGAGCUCUUCUACAAGCAAUUCCCGGAGAACAUGCGGAGCUUCGCCGGUUCUUGCCUAUUCUGCGGCUUCGCCAUUGCCAGUUACCUCAGCAGCUUCUUGAUCUCAGUUGUGGAUGGUGCGACUAGGAAGCCGGACGGGGAGAGCUGGUUGGCCCAGGAUCUUAACAAGGGGAGACUUGAUUACUAUUAUUACAUGGUUGCCGCUUUGGAGGUGGUGAAUUUGGGGUAUUUUAUGCUUUGCGCUAAAUGGUACAAGUACAAAGGGACACAAGAAAAUGUGGAUAAUAAAGAUAAAGUUACAUCACACAAACUAGAUUCUAGCAAACCUUUGGUGUAACAGAUAAUGCUCGCAUUGUCAGCUCAAUUGGUUCUUGAGUAAUAGAUUAUGAAUAGUCACAAUAUAGGAGUUUCACUAUCCUGUGGGGAUAAGAGAAUUUCGUCUUUUGUAAGCAAGAAAUAUAUAUAAAUGAUGCUUACAUUACAAGUUUAUAAAUAGGAGUUAUUUGCAUA